AAAUCAAAGACAGAAGAGAAAAUCAAAUUUGGUAUUUGAAAAUAUCAAAACUAGCAUUGGCUUUUGCAAUCAUCCACUCAAAACCACCAGGGAAGAGUUCCAAAGAAUACACUGAGCACCUUGCCAAAAUUGUAUGUGAACAGGAUUUUGGAUGGAAAUGGAAAGUUGAAGUGCUGGAAGCUGAAGUUCUUCGAUUACGACAGGAACUUCUUUUGAACAGGAUCUGUCCAAGAUUCUGCUUGGAAAAUAGAAAACCAGAUACAUCUGCUGAAACUCUUCUGGAUCAGGAAUGUAUAAACCCUAUGAAUUCCUCAAGCCAACUAGAAGACUCUGGAUGUGAUGUCUCUAAUGACUCUGCAUUUGAUUCUUUAGGCAUAUCUUCAGAUUUUCUCCAGUCUGAGCAUAAUGUCAACACUUCUAAAGGUUGGUUGGAAAGAGUUCUGCCAUUGAAUCUUUGCCAUACUAGCAAGGAGGAAUCUCUGACUGCUCCAGUGCAGUUUUUGCAACAUUUGCUUGAAAUAAGAAAACUGUCAGAAGGAGGAGUUCUUCAAGCAGACUUCUCAGAGCUUGAGAAUGAUUCUUUCACCAUAUGCAAUUCAGUGGCUCAGUUGCUUGAUGGACUGACUGUUUUUUACAACAGUCCUAAAUUUCCAGUUUCAAAUUUUCUUACUGAAGCAGUUCGUGUAUUGACCAGUUUAAUAACUGAUACUAAAUUAUCUAAUCAUGUUUUGAAGAAGUGUUUCAAGAAGAUGGAAGAAUUUGAGAAAAAUCUAAUUCAAAUUAUUUUAAGGAACAGCAGUGUCAAUAGGUUUCAGGCACUGCAUUCUGUGUCACAAACACUGGUUUUGCUGGGAAGAAACAAAAUACUAAGAAAUUCCUUAACAUCACUUCUACUAUCAGAAGUCCAUAAGUUUGCUGAGCAGCUGUUGGAAGCUCACCAGGUCCAGUCUAUGUACAACAUUACCCAGUAUGAGAAUAUUUUUCCUUUGUGCUUGAUUCUGGAACAAAUUCUUCAAACUGAGAGAGAAGAAAGUAACGUUUCAAGCUCACACUAUGAUGGAGAAGAAAAGAUCAAAUUUCUGAAGAACCUUGAUCAAAUUAUUCUUCAUCUCUCAGAUGAAUUCCCUUUGUUUUCUUUAUAUUUAUGGAGAGUGAGUGUUCUUUUGAACUCAGCUCAAAUGCAAAUUGAUUAA